AUGAGACUGGAUAAAUCGGGUAGUUAUCACACAGGGGUGUCGCAGCAUCUCAAAGCUUCAUUUGAAAUAGCUUUCAUUAUAGUAAAGCAAAAGAAACCUCAUACUAUCGCCACGCAGAUAAUUUUAGGAGAAGAUGCAGAGCCAAAAAUGAAGUCUACUUCUCUUUCGAAUAACACAGUCAAGUCACAAAUAAUUAACGAAGUAAAAUUAUCUCCAUUUUUUGCCAUUAGUUGCGAUGAAUCCACCGACAUCGUUAAUUGGGCACCGUUAAUAGUUUAUGUUCGUUACAUGGGCGGAGAUAUUAUUCAAGAAGACAUUUUGUACUCCCAAUCUUUGACAGCAGGUACUACAUCUGAAGAUAUAGAAACUCAUUGGACUUUGCACAGAUGGCGCACCUGCAAUAAUAGGUGUACGAUCGAGCUUAGCUAA